GUGAAGGUUGAAAGCUUCAUCGUCGUCCGUUUAGCUUUCCAAACACUUUCAAUUAAGCUCGGAACUUCCCUAUUUUCGUUUCAUCAUAACAGUGAAUGACAUUUAGUGACAAGUUUUGUUGUUCUUAUUGUUUGUUUGUUCUUAGUUUAAGAAUUUUUGUGAAUUUGCCAUCGAUUUCAGCAGGAAUUGGCAACAGGGAUGACUAAGAAAUAAAAGCCCGUCGUCGCCUUCAACCAUAAUGUUCCACUCAAGCGGAGGCGGUGGAGGCUACAGCGACGGCAACGCAGGAUUUCAUCAGCAUCUACAACAAUCGCCUGUGUACGUUCCGAGCAGCAGAGCAGUUCCUCAGUAUCCCUCACCUGCAAGCGGACAUUUCGGUGCAGCUGCUCAUCAGAGUAGCUGGCCUCACGCUGGUGGAACUUACGGUGAAAUGGCAGCUCCUGCAGCACACACUUUAGGCACAUCUCCACAUGCUGGUGCUUUAUCAGCAGGACAGUUUUAUGCUCAAAACAUGAUGAUGAGUUCGUGGAGGGCUUACGAUGGAGCGGGUUUCCAAAGAACGUCACCAUAUGAUGGUGCAAUGGAGUUUCAGUUUGGCGAAGGACGAGAGUGCGUUAACUGUGGAGCCAUUUCGACGCCUCUGUGGCGUCGCGAUGGCACGGGACACUACUUGUGCAAUGCCUGUGGGCUGUAUCACAAAAUGAACGGCAUGAAUAGACCUCUAAUCAAACCUUCAAAACGACUGGAUUUUUCAUUUCAGACGGCAACCCGAAGGUUAGGCCUCUGCUGCACGAAUUGCGGAACGCGGACGACGACACUGUGGCGUCGGAACAACGACGGGGAGCCGGUCUGCAACGCCUGUGGGUUAUACUUCAAGCUACACGGCGUGAAUCGACCUUUAGCCAUGAGGAAGGACGGCAUUCAGACGCGCAAACGCAAACCAAAAAAGCCGAUUGGUGGGGAGCGUGAUGACAGUAGCUCCGCCUCGGUUGAAGAAAACAAAUCUUCAAUAGUCCAUCAGUCAGCACAACAACAUACGUCCCAGUCUCAACCAUCUCAGAAUCAUCACAAUCACCAAAUCGACAAAACGUCACCAGUAGAUCGUCCAUAUUUGGGCCAAACAUCUCUCCUACCUGCCACCAGUACAAGUGCCAUUAAAAGUGAACCAGGUUAUGAAUACAAUUGUAUACAAAAUCAGCCUACAUACCCCUAUCAACAAAUAUUUGGUUUUGCUGGAGCAACCAAUAACAGUGGGGAAGUUGCUUAUCACCACCAACAUCAUGUUACAGCAGCGGCUAAACUAAUGGCCUCAUCUUAGUCAACGCCAUUUAAUCGCAUUUAUAUAAACAGAUAAUGAUUUUACGACGGAUUUUGUGAUUGCUUAAAAGUAACUUUUUAUUGAAAUUUGUCGAAAUACUCAGGUUAAUACUGUUCGUUACAAAAUUCACGUAACGUAAUAACUAAUAAGAAUUGAAUUUGAAAAUUUUUAAACCAAAGGAUAAAAUCGUUUUAUUAUUAUUUUAGCAACUGAAGAUAUUGCAAGAAAACAAAAUCGUUGAGAAAUAACUACAUACAUUUCAUUAUUCAUGCAAUAUUGCAAGAACACGUCAUUAGUAGAUCAGUAAAACUUACUUGCCUGUAUUUAAGACUUUUCGUUAUUUUCGUGAUCACUAAAAACUUAGUGUAUUUAUUUUUGUGAUUGUAGAAGUAGUAUUUGUAUAUUUAUUUUAAAAUACUUGUUUAAAUUAUUAUACCUACACAAUAAUUGUCGUAAGCUUAGCUAUCUAUGAUUAAUAUAUGAUUUUUUUAAUUAUUUGUCAACUUUAAGAGCUAGGAAAUGUUUCGAAUCUGCAUUAUUUUCUCAUUUUUUCAAAUGUAACACAGUCAUUGCGAAAUGAUACAGAGUUGUUAUUUUUGAUUAGUUUUAAAUAGUGCCGAACGAUAUUAUUUUUAAACUGCUAGUCAAAAAUUACUUUUUUUUUCUUACUUUGGAUCAAUAUGAGAUUCAUUGGUAAAACGAAAACAGCUACCUAAACAAAGUUCUUAUAUUGUUUUUCAAAGUGAUUUGUUUUUUAAGAUUGUGCUGGCUCAAAACGAUUAAACUUGCAAGUAAUAUACCUACCUACUGUUGUGGAAGUACAAUAUUUUACAGUUUACAAUAAUAAACCAUAAUUUUUGACCUGCAGUUUUUAAAUAAACUAAACAUAAUCUGAUGUUAUUUAAAUUUCAGAAGUUGAGAGGAAAAAUAUUAAAGACAAGUAAAUAAACGUUUUUAUUUUUUUUUGUUACUAAAUGUAGAUCUUGUGAGACAUUACUAAAUGUAAAAAUGUUGUUAAAGUGCGUGCAAUGUUAUACACAGACUUGUUUCUUUCAAUGGUUAAACGUUAAUUCUACAAACAGUAGAAUAUUUAUAGAAUUAUUUAUAAUUUUUAUUUAAAAUUGUCAUGUGUUUAAAUUAUCAAAGCUCAUAUUGAGCAGUUUACAAGACUAUUUUACAAAUGUUAAGAUAAAUAAAAACAAUUACUCAGUACAUUUAUUAAAACCACACAUUAUAAUUUUACACCUCAUGCUGUAAAUAUCAACUGAUUUUUGUAGUAUGCCGUACUAAAAUACUUAACAAAAAUUGUAGUUUGCACCCCGCCCAAACAAAAUUUGUAAAUAUGUGCAGUAAUUUAAUGUUGUAGUAUUAAUGUGUAAAUACUAGUUUUAUUACCCAUU